UCUCAUUCAGACGGGUCAUAGACAGAGGCACAGACAGAAAGGCAGAGCUGCUCUUCAAAAUAUUUACCAGGAGAGGAGAUCAACGACUCACAGCAACAUUUCAACACCAGGCAGGAGUAAAGUGGUAAGGAGAAGUUUCUGGAGUUAAAAUUACAGUCACUUUUGUUCAGAUUUUUCUUUUUUUAAAGUAAAGGUGCUUGCAGACAUAAACAGUUUUAGCACCCAGCAGCAAGGAAAGUGGUUUAAUAGAUCGCCUUUAGAAGCCUCACAGUUAGUGCAUGCAAUAACUUGUUUAUUAGCUGAAAAAUCAGACAGUCUGGUCCCAGAAAGUCAUGAUUUCAUGGUAUUAAUGCAAUUUGUCAAAAGUAGAAAUUCAUCAUGGAAGAUGUUCAAGGAUGGUUUUAUUUUGCAUUCAAAGUCAUUUGGAGCCUUUUCCUUAAGAUAGAAACAUUUUUGUUACGUGAAUGCAAAAUAAAAAAAUACCUUAUCUAUUGUCUGAGUACUUUUUCAGAACCAGAAAUUCUCAGGAACAAUCUGCCACACCACAGUCAUCACUCUGUCUCUCUCUCUCUGCAGAGCUUUGAGACGUUUUUGUUUUUUUUCUUGCAUGCUCAGCUUCUUGGUCGUCUGCAGUAACUUCCUCCUCUGAUAUUAUCUGUAUGUUUAUGUUGUACAUCAUUUCUGUCUGCCUCAGCAGCUUUAGGUGCCACCACAAAUGGACCAAAUGAAUCUGACAGACAGCAUAGAGAGCAACUCUACAGACUGUCCGUCUAUUGAUGACUUCCGUAACCAGGUGUACUCCACCUCCUACUCCAUCAUCACUGUGUUAGGCCUGGCUGGGAAUGGCUUAGCCCUAGUAGUGCUGAUCAGGACCCGCCGCCAGAGCUCCCCGUUUCACAUCUACAUGCUGAACCUGGCUGUGUCUGAUCUGCUGUGUGUCAUGACGCUGCCUCUGAGAGUCCUCUACUAUGUGAACAAGGGCCAGUGGAAUCUGGGGGAUUUCAUGUGCCGCAUUAGCUCCUACGCCCUCUAUGUCAACCUCUACUGCAGUAUUUACUUCAUGGCUGCCAUGUCUGUCACACGCUUCGUGGCCAUCGUCUUCCCUGUUCAAAACAUGCAGCUGGUUACACAGAGCCGUGCUCGCCUGGUGUGUGUGGGUAUCUGGGUGUUUAUUUGUCUGUCAUCUUCACCCUUUCUGAUGUCUGGCCAGCACUUUGACUCCAUCACAAAUAAAACAAAGUGCUUUGAGCCUCCACGAGAACGAAAUUUACAGAAGGUUGUCAUUUUGAAUUAUUGGUCUCUGGUGGUGGGCUUUGUCCUGCCCUUUCUGGUCAUCCUGCUUUGCUAUGCUGGCAUAGUCCGCACCCUGCUGUUCCGCACCCAAGCUGCAAAACGCCAACAGGAAACCUGUACCAAAGCAAUCCGAAUGAUUGUCAUUGUCCUUCUAACCUUCCUGGUCAGCUUCAUGCCCUACCACGUGCAGCGCUCCAUCCACUUGACCUUUCUGUCUCGCAGUGACACCACCUGCCUGGAGCGGAUUGCCAUGCAGAAGUCUGUUGUGGUGACGCUGUGCCUUGCAGCUGCUAACUCGUGCUUUGACCCACUGCUUUAUUUUUUCUCUGGAGAAGGUUUCCGCAAACGUUUCUCUUCCAUGCGCAGGUCAGGCAGCAAAGGCAGCACCCUAAACCCCACAAAGAGGAUGAAAGCCAACGCAGACUCAAAACAUGAAGAAGUCCACCAGCCAAAGGGCAGUUAG